GGGUCAGUGGAACACUGGGGGUCCUUGCUGUUGAUCUUGUUCUCUCUCCUGCUCUGCUGCAGACGGGCAGAGAGAUAAGGGACCUGAAGCUGGCAUUCCCAUGGCAGAGGGCUGGGCUGGUCACGCGGGCAGCUGCUGCCCCCGGUGGCCACUGCAGGUGAUGCGGCGGGUGGCCUGGGGUCUGCUGUUGGGGCCCUCGGUGGCCCUGUCCUUGGCCGGCGGCACACAGAGCGCCAGGGCGGUCCUACAGAGAUGGCACGCGCCCUUCUUCAUCACCUGCUUCUGCUGUGCGGGGAACUUGCUGCUCUUCCCAUUCUACUACCUGGGCCAGCUUGUAGGCGCGGAGAAGAGGCAGGGCCCCACAGCAUCCUUCAGGCAGUGCAGCGCCUUCCUGGGGGAGGAGGGUGUGACCCUGCGCGCGAUGCUCCGGACUGCGGCCCCCUUCUCCGUGCUCUGGAGCCUCUCCUGCUACUUGUACUUGCUGGCUCUCCGCCGCAUCUCCGCCGGCGACGCCAGCGCCAUCCUGUGCUGCAGCCGCGCCUUCGCGUUCCUGCUCUCCUGGAUCGGCCUGAGGGACACCUUCAUGGGAGUGAGGAUAGUGGGGACUAUCCUUUCCGUCACCGGAAUUGUCAUGAUGGCCUAUGCGGAUGGUUUCCAUGGCGACUCCAUCAUGGGCGUGGCCCUGGCGGUGGGCUCUGCAUGUGCCUCGGCCCUCUUCAAGGUUCUCCUUAGGAGGCGUGUGGGGGAGGAGCAGCCAGGGGGCGCCAGCGUGCUGCUGUCCUGCGUGGGGAUGUGCGGCACCUGCCUGCAGUCCUGGCUCAGCGGCCUGCUCUGCCUGACGGGCGUGGAGGACUGGCCAGCCACUCAGGACGCGGCCUGGGGAGAGCUGUGCCUGGCAGGCCUGCUGUCGCUCUGUGAGCCGCCGCCCAGCACCCAGUUCCACCCCCAAGCAGACGCUAUGCUUCUGCGUUAA